GCCGCAACCAAGUCUCUGUGUAUGAGUACUGGUCAUAAUUAUACCCAAAUGUACAGUAGAUACGGUCUGAUAUGACCACAGUUAAGUUAAGCAUGCAACAAUGAAGGCAGCGUUAUUCUUCAUUAAUGUCGGUCUGCUAAGCUACUGUAACACUGUUUCAAGUUUAGGGACUGGUGCUCCCACUUUUCUCAAUGUGUGCCAUGACCUGACACAGGUCCAUUCUCCAUUCGAUCCUACAGCAUGUGUUGUAGAUGACUGCCCUUUCUCUAUGGUUGUGGACUCUAUAGAUGGAAAUGAGGUGCAACCUAGACAGCUCUCUACCUUCCGAUGUGGAUCUGUGUAUAGACUUUGCAUUGAAGCAAGUCAAGGCAACCAGUUUAGAGGGUUUGCUGUGCAGUCUCGUGUUUCUACUCUGGAGUUGGUUACAUCUGAAACCAACUCGGACUUUCAAUGUGGAGAGUUUAUUAACUUUCCCACUGACACAAAUCGAGAUAUUCAGGAGUGGCCCUGUCCGGUUCAAGGAGUCACUCACACCAAUCGUAAUGAUAAAACAAGAGUAUGCUUUGACUGGGUUCCUCCAUCUUCUGCUGAUUUAAGAAAUUGCAUUUUCUGGUUCUCAAUCACACGAACUUUUACAAACUUUCAUAAUCAACUAAAAGGGCUUGAACUGCAACCAGAUUCAGCUUUCUGUGGGACUUCAAGAUUAGUUCUCACUGGACCUGAAGCCCUCGUCUCCUCCAGUGGCAGAGUGGUUGAGGGAUCAGUGAUCCUGAUCUACUGUACUGUAGAGGAUGACAUCACUGUUACCUUUACAUGGACUCUCAAUGGAAGCUCUCUGUUGAAUGAUCCACCUCACAUUCGUAUCAGGGAAGACAAUCUCCCCGAGCGCUCAGCAUCAUUGCUCACUGAUGACUCUACGUCUGUGCUCACUGUGGACAACUUCAGAGCCUCUGACAAUGGAGUCUAUCAGUGCACUGCUACUAGUGGAGCUACAUCUGGCAAUGGAGCGGCUGUCAUACUAACAGUUGUGUCAUUUACUAGUAAUGGAACCUUGAUGUUGACUGAUCAGCCCUCUCUCAAUGAACCUGUUGAUCUCAGUGCUUCCCUCAAUGAUAACCGAACUGGGAUAGCUCUUGGUGGCACUGUCGAUGGUUCUCUGCUGACAUGUACUGCUGGACAUCAAGGUGAUGGAGUGAGGAACUACGCCGCCCCGUCUGUGGUGUGGGUGAGGAGCGGACAAGUUGUGGAUGACACUGACUCACGAAUCACCAUCACCUCGACCACAAUGGUCAAUGGACAAGUGACCAGUUCUCUGACUAUCACUAACUUUGGACUGUCUGAUACAGGAGUGUACCAGUGUGCCUUCACUGAUGACAGUGAUGGUGGGGAGGUCAUCACAUCAAUACCUUAUCAAUUGGAUACAGGUAACACCAUUCGUAUUGAGAGAGUCUCCCCUGAGGUCAUUAUUUUACGUCCUCCCGAGAAGCUGGUCAUUGAAGUGAGAGUGUCUGGAGAUUAUGAAGUGGUGUUCUGGCGCAAAGGAACUAUUAACGAUUUCAUACCUGGUCAAAUGCGUCCUCAAGAGUUUCCCAACUAUCAUGAGACAUUUGUACGAGACAACACCACUGCUGAUGAUGAGGGGUUCUACAUUGUUCAACCUCAACUUAAGUCUGGAACAACUCAAACUCAUUUCCUCACACCAACUGGUGGUGUUGAUUUUGGGGUUAUUGCGCCAGUUGAUGCCAUCACAACAUCUCUCAGUAUUUCUACUGUUGUGAUUCCCGAGGGAGGCAGUGCAGACAUCUCCUGUAGAUCAGUGGGAGCUCCCAUUCCUAGUAUCACAUGGGAGGUCAACAACCAGACCACUGAAUUUGAGCAGACAGACACGGAAACACCAUUUGUAGCUAAACUGACUGGAACUAUCGGAAACAGAGGGUUUGACCUCAUUCCUGGUAGCGUUGAGUCAUCCCUCCAUAUUGUGAGUGCCACAUACCCUGAUCAUGAUGGAGUGUACACUUGUAUUGGAAGCAACUCCGAGAGUCUCACUGUCGCCAGCAGCAGUGCCUUCAUCACUGUACAAGUAAAUGUUAUUCCUGUUGUGGAAAUAUCUGCUACUAAAAUAAUGGUAGCUUUUGGAGAUGAUGUCACCAUCACUUGUUCUGUACAGAAGGGAAAUCCUUCUAAUUACCUCUAUGUAAUUACUAAUGUCAACACUACAAGUACAACAAUUGGACCCACUCGCAUCUUAACUGGAAUUGAAGCUGCUGAUUUUGGUAUCUAUCGCUGUGAUGUCACCAAUAAUGCUGGAACUGGGAGCGCCGCCAUUAAGAUACAAAUUGUUGAUUGUGGGCCGCCCAUUGUUCCGAGGCAUGGCCGAGUGCACUUGCCAUCUGGAACAACCCCCGGCAACGUUGUCUACUAUUUUUGUGAUGAAUGCUCAACUAUUAGAGGUGUCUCACACAUACAGUACUGUGGAACAGACGGAGUAUGGUUACUCCCUGCACCAACCUGCCGAAUUCGCAAUGAAUGUGGUCUGCUUACUUCUCCCGUUAAUGGACAUGUUGAGAUGUCUGCUGGCUCUGAAUGUGGCAGCAUAGCUGAUUACAACUGCAUUGUUGGUUACGAGUUGAGAGGAGUUGUGUCUCGUGUGUGCCAAGUUAGUGGAGUGUGGAAUGGGACAAUGCCGUCAUGUGAACGUGUUGACUGUGGGCCUCUCGAAAGUCCUAUAAAUGGGAGUGUUAAUACAUCCCUCGGGACUUUGUUCAUGAGCGAAGCUAUCUACUACUGCAACAAUGGAUAUUUCAUUUCUGAUGCAAGACAUCGUACUUGUGGUGCUUAUGGCCAGUGGAACCGUAAUGAGCCUUCUUGCAUUCCGGUUAAUUGUGGAUACCCUUGGGAAAUUGCCAAUGGAGUAGUAAGGUAUUCUGGUACCACCUUCAACCAUAAAGCAACCUACAGUUGCGAUUAUGGUUAUAUGCUACAUGGAUUUAAAACACGUACUUGCAAUGCUAAUGGAGCGUGGCAACCAUUCGAACCCUUCUGUCAAAUUGUUGAUUGCGGACCCCUUCCAAAUCCCACCAAUGGAAUGGUUGACUUAUCUUCUAGGACAGUUUUCACAAGCAUUGCUACCUUCACAUGUGACACUGGGUACACACUAAAUGGUUCUAGCUUCAGGCAAUGUCUUGCUGAUGGUGUGUGGAGUCCAGCUGAACCAACUUGUACUGCUGUUGACUGUGGAGCACUUGAACACCCCAUCUAUGGAAGUGUGAAUGUUUCUUACGGUACUAAGUUUGGUAACGAAGCAGUGUACAGUUGCUCAGAUGGGUACAUACUAAUUGGACAAAAGAAGCACACUUGCACUGAAAAUGGAACAUGGAGCCCAAAAAUAGACAGAAUCUGUGAUCCUGUUGACUGUGGUCCUCCCUCUGGUCCUACUAAUGGACGAGUGGACACAUCCUCUGGAACCACCUUCAUGAGUGCAGUUGUCUACAGCUGCAGCACUGGCUACAAUCUCUAUGGUACCAGAUCAAGGGUAUGUCAAGCGAAUGGGUUAUGGAGCUCAACACCACCAAGUUGCAAAAUUGUUGAUUGUGGUCCACUGGAUAAUCCUUUGAAUGGACUUGUUAACACUUUGUCUGGAACCACUUACAACAGUGUGGCUGUGUACUCUUGUAAUGAGGGACACCAGCUUACUGAAAGAGGACUACUUACUUGUAUGGUUAAUGGACAAUGGUCAUCUUUAACUCCAACUUGUGAUCCCUUGGAUUGUGGCAAUAUCGAAGCCCCCAAAAAUGGUGAUGUUGUGACAUCUCUAGGAACAAUUUUCAACAGUAGUGCCAAAUUCAGCUGUGGCUCAGGCUUCAACCUCACUGGGUGCUCUAGUGCACAGUGCCUAUCCAACGGCAGCUGGUCUUGUUAUCCACCCCACUGUGCCGAUAAUUCGUUGAUCCAGCUGAAAUUUGGCCCUACUGUUCACUGUGUUAGCUGGACUGAAGGAAUGGUUGAACUGAUGUACAAGACAAUGCAAUCGUCAAUUGUCAAAGCAAUUCAAAGUCAAGGUUCUGUGAUUCCAAAGGAGAACGUUCAGCCAGGUUACUUCAGUUGCUAUCACUCCACGACUGAAACGACCUAUCGAACCACAAUCACUGGUACGAAGAGUUUGAGUGCUGUCAAGUACACUGACCUAAUUAGGCAGUGGGUGGAGUCAGGAGUAACGACCAGGGUGCAGUGGUAUGUGAUUAAGAUCAAAAAGGCCUGUCCGGUGAUCAUUGCCUCGAUGUACGAGGAUGAGUGUGAAUGACUGUACACCUAGCUAGCGCUUAGAAGCAACUGUCAUGUCCGUUAGCCUGAAUACUUCUAGUUGCGUGUGUGUGUAUGUGUGUAACCUGGUAAUGUACGCUGAUUUUAUGAUUUUGAGUGUAGGUUGUCGUUAACUCGAGACUCUGACACUUAACAAGCUUUUGUUUGGAAUGUUUCAUUUUGUUUAAAUUGUG